ACGGUGUAUUCCUCUCAUAUCUUAAAGAAAAGCUUUAUGUAGAAAAAAAGAUUCAUGACGCAGCUUAUGUAAGAAUAAACUUGUGGAAUGGAAUUAGUUGCAGGGAGGAGGUCUGAUUUCGUUCAGUUCUCACAGUGAUCUAGUGUCUGACUUUUCUAGGGAAUCCAAUCAAUAAAAUUGAAGACUGGCUGCAGGAUUGCGGCAAAUUAAAUACUACUGACUCUCAUUGGAAAAGAAUAUGAAUAUGUGUGAGUUUUUCCAUGAAAAAGCUCCUUGGAAAAUGUAGUAAGUGACUUCAACCUAUAAGACUGUUUUUGGUUUAGAUACUCUGAAGAAGGAUUUUCUGAGGAAGCAGGACAGUUUAUCUACAAUGGCUUCUGCAGCCAUGGAACCAGCUUUGAAGAUGACUUGACCCUGGGAGCAGAGGCCACACUACUGGCCGCCAAUGGCAAACUCUUCUCCAGGACUUUCCUCGAGACAGCCAGGCCUUGCCAGCUACUUGAUCUUGGCUGUAGUUUGGCUUCCAGCAGCAUGACUGGGGGGACCAACAAGACGAGUUCAAGCAUCUCAGAAAUUCUGGACAAAGUGCAAGAAGAUGCAGAAGAUGUCCUCUUCAGUCUGGGCUUUGGCCAAGAGGAUCACAAAGACACUUCUCGGAUACCUGCCCGAUUUUUCACCACCCCGUCCCAGGCCAAGGGCAUUGAUUUCCAGCUCUUCCUGAAGUCCCAGGUGCGGAGGAUUGAAAUGGAAGACCCCUGCCUCAUGCUGGCCAGCAGGUUUAAGCAGGUGCAAACACUGGCUGUCACUGCUGAUGCCUUCUUCUGUCUCUACUCCUAUGUGUCUAAGACACCUGUCCAAAAGUUCACACCAUCCCACAUGUUCUGGAAUUGCAACCAUCCAACUGAUGUGCCAUCCAUCAGGAUUCUGUCCCGAGAGCCUGAACCCCACUCACCCAGAGACCGCCUUCGGAAAGCCAUCUCCAAGAUGUGUCUGUACACAUGCCCCCGAGAUCGGCCACCACUACCCCACAACACCCCCAAAAGGAACAGUUUGGACCAAGUUGUGUUGGAAGUGAUGGACAAAGUGAAAGAAGAGAAGCAGUUCCUCCAGCAAGACUCUGAUUUGGGGCAAUUCUCACAGGAAGAUCCUGUGCCCCCUGUUGAGGGUAAAAAGUUGCCCACUUCUCCCUAUCCAUGUGUCCUCUGCUGCAAAGCGGAAACACAGCAGGGGAUGUCCACAGUGCUGGCACCAUCACAAACUCUGGAUUCAAACCCCAAGUUACCCUGUUGCACACAUUCUCUGCCCAUAGAAGAUCCACAGUGGAGCACAGACCCAGCUCAGAUAAGGAGAGAGCUGUGUAGUCUACCAGCCACCAAUACCGAAACCCAUCCAGCCAAGGAUGAGACUUUCUGGAAAAGAAAUAGCAGAGCAAGAAAGAGCCUGUUCCAGAAGAAUCUCAUGGGCAGAAAGGUUAAGUCCUUGGACCUGUCCAUCACCCAGCAGAAAUGGAAGCAGAGUGUAGACAGACCAGAACUGCGUCGGUCUUUAAGCCAGCAGCCACAGGACACUUUUGACUUGGAGGAGGUGCAAAGCAACAGUGAAGAGGAGCAGAGUCAGAGUCGCUGGCCCAGCAGACCCAGGCACCCCCCUCACCACCAGACUUUUGCUGGCAAAGACUCGUGAAGCUUUAUCCACCACCACAACAGCAUGUGGUCUGACAGAAGUGGCUUCAUAGAAGAACCUAAAAGCCACCUCUUGCAGGAAACUGCACUGCCCUCAACAUCCAGCCCCUACUCCUUGGUCCUCCAAACCCCCAAACUCUGCAGGAGAAAGGCAGCAUCGUACAUGGAGAGGAAGACCAGACUGAGCGAUUUGGAAUCCACAUCCUAAUGCUGCCACAAGCUGCAUGCAAAAAGACCUUAGGCACAUCACUUCAUUUCUCUGUACACUGGUUUCUCUACUAUGUGUGUAUUAAAAUAUAUAAUGUGGACAAUAGUAAACUGAACAAAGCCUUAAUUUUCUCCCAAGCUUUGACAUUGCCAAGGGCAGUUAGGAGACUUCAGGAUCAAGGUUAGGGGACAAGUUUUUUUCUAAUACUUUCAAAAGGCCCAAGUGAAGAGAGGAAGGACACCUCACUUUCUGGCUCUAAAAGCAUGGUGCAUCUCACAGUAAGAUUCCCUCUGCACCUCUGUUCAUCCCUGUGUUCCUAACUAAAUUCCAGAAAAUCUUCCACAACACCGGAGUCCUAUUUUUCUUCUUGAGACCUCCUUUGAAGAAAUCAACUUGGAGGCUC